AUGGAUAACAAAAUGACUAUAGAUUACUAUGUCAUUAAUGAUCCAGAAACUGUGGAGCAUGGUAUUACUUUGAGGUCAAUAGCGGGAUUUUUCUAUAAGAAUGAGGCUGAUUCGAUUGAUACAAAGGGCAGGUUGAAGAAGACUUUCGAGUUGGCAAGAAAAACUGAAGAACUGGAUCCAUUUCUGAACGUAAAUUUCCUUAUGGAUGUUCGGGAUAAUUGUUAG